GCAUGUUCGAAGCGUUCCGGCCUCUGUUCGAUGCCCUGGACGCAGGGGUAUUGGAGGCUCUGUCGCCGGAGGACUUUCUCGCAGUGGGAACGGAGCCCGUGCGCCUGGCUCGCUCGAUUCUGGCGGGGGAAGAGCAUCGACGGGUCUUUUCGUCCGGCGUGGAAUCCUGGGCCGAAGGGUUCGCGCCCGCGCUCUUUGAGUUUUACUUGGAGACACCCAUUGCGGACACCUACUUUCACAAGCUGCAGCACGUUUGUCCAACGGGGUAUUGGCUCUACAUUCUGUACCGACUCCUGAUCAGCUUCAAAGGGGAACCGGAGUCCGGAGAGGGGGACUGGAAGAUCAUGCG